AUGAACGUCCCUAAGCAUGACGGACGGAGGGGAACGAGAUUGUGCCCCUCCAUAGACAACGCUGCCAAGUGCGGGGGAAGGGACAGGGCGUGCUCCAACGAGCUGGGGGUGGCAAAAUGGAGGGAGAAACAAGUGGAAGGCAGGUGGGGACGCAGCGGUGUGGAAAACGACGCGGAGGAGAAGCCCCCCCGGGGGCACGAACGUAACCACGGAUUGGGAGAAGAGGGAGAAGGGGUCGAAGUGGACGAAAUGGACGAAGUGACCUCGCUGACCGGAAGCUUCGUCGGCAUAGAUCACCAGAACUUGCCGUUCGUGAGGAGCAACUUCGCCAGCCGCAUCAACAGCAGAAAUGUCGUGCCCAUAAUAGACCUCUUCGUGCAGAACUUAUUUUUUCACUUAAAAAGCAUUGGGAAAAAUAUAGACAAUUUUUAUUUGAGCUUUGGGAAGGUCGCGUACCCCUUUCACUUCCCCUUCGGCAAGUGUGACGUUUGCGAUGAGUGCCUACUGAGGGGGAACAGGAAGAGGAGAGGGGAGGAAAAGAAGAAGGAGGAGAGGUGGUGUGCACGUGGAGCGGAGCGGCAACACAGUGGGGUUAGAAAAAACGGGAGCGAAUUCCUCCCCCAAGUUUUAAACGCCUGGUGCGAAAGGGUAAAAUGCCUCAUAACCAUUUAUAAUAAAAACAGGAAGACGCAGAAGGUGAGGGAACACUUUCAACGGGGGGGAGGAGAAGGGGAGCCAGGAGAGGGCAGCCUCUUCUUCGAUCGGAGGAGCAGAUAUGACAUGAACGAGUGUGCGAAGGGGUUAGUGCAGAGCAUCCUCUUGGAUGAAGGUAAAUGGGAGAGACUAAAACGGGUGUCCCUUCUCCCGCCAGGAAAAAAACAACAACUGGUGAGAAGUAAAGCAGGUAAUGUAACCCACGGGGAAGGCCACUUUUUACCUGACCUGUGCAGGCAGAAAGGAGAACUAUUUGAUGAAGACGUAACCGAUUUGUACCUAAUCAAUUUGGUCAAAACGAAAAUCGAAGAUUACAUCAAAAAUGUGCAAGUGAAGAAGUUUUGGGACGUCAUAAAUGUGCAGUACUUGGCCAACUUUGACUACAGGGGAGAGGCCUCCUCCAAAGGGGGAGAAGCCACCCACAGAGGGGGAACGGCCACCCCCAUAGGGUUAGCAACCACCCACAGAGGGGGACCUUCCCCCGCGAACUCCCUCCACCGUGAGCCAAUAUACGACUACAUCCAAAUUGUGAAGAAGAGUAAGUGCAAGAAGGAGGGGAAAGGCAGCGAAAAAGGCAGCGAAGUGGGGAGGGAAGCAGACAAAAUAGGGAAAUUCGUGACGAAUGAAAACCGCGCGCGGGAAGCGGAGAGGGGGAAGGCAGACAGAGAGCUCACGAUGAAGGAUCUCUUUAACCAAACGAUUAAAAAUUAUGAAGCGAACGAGGUUCAAAUUUUUCUGAGCAAUUACGAUAACAUAUUUUUAAAGUCCAUAGGGAGGUUCUACCUUCUGUUAAACUUUUCAGUCGAAAUUGUGGCCAUUCUGUAUGAGGACCUCGAUUUGUACUCCCUCCACAUUUUUUCCCUAUACAGCAGUUUGGGUCGCCACGGGGGGGGAGGUAGCGGUGGACCAACCGAUUGGCACUGCGUUAAUCCUUUUACGGGACGCAACCGAGGAAGCUCUGUGGAGCAGUCCUUCCCCGCCAGCGCUAACGCACUCCUUUGUAGCCUUUCCCCCGAUCAGCGGAGGUUAGACACUGCCGUAUUGUUGUUGCUGCGAAUGUUUUUGAGGGGCGAACUGGGGGAACCUUCCGUGGGUGUCCCUGCUAACUGUGCUGUGCCGCUCUGUAGGGGAACUAGGCUGUCUGGCCCCCCCCCGGAGGUGGUACACAACCUGAAGGUGGAGACAUGCAAAGAGGUGACCAAAGAAGUGAUAAAGCUAGCCAAGUACGUCACCGAAAAAAAAAUUCAUUUGCAAAAACCAGUCGUUAAGUACCUUCUGAAGGUUUAUAAAAAGUACAAGCAGAAGAUACACACGUUGGAGAUGACCAGGGGGGGGAGCAGCACCUCCAAUGCGGAGUCUCUAACCCUGUUGAGAAGGAACUUCCUUUUGCAGUCGAUGGAUUUUUACUCCUUUGAGUUCUUCACCAGGAAAGAUUUGAAGGCAAAUUUGAGGGGGCUCCGCAGGUCGAGGGGUGGAAGGAAGCGGCUGAGAAUUCCGGGGCGCUCCAGCAGGAGGGACUCCGUCGGCAAAUGGGUAAGCUCUCUCCGGGAGGUGGCAGUGUCCGAAGGGGGGAAUAGCCCCACAUGGUGCAUCCUCCGCGGGGUGACCACCUCCAACAGUGUGACGACUUCUAACUAUGUGGCAACUUCCAACCGUGUGUGGCCCCCCGGGGGAGAUGCCCACUCGGCGAAGAACGCGUCGGACGGGGUUUUCCCCAGAGUGAACGGGACGCGGCUGAGGAGGGCCAGGCGGACGCGGCACCUGCGCGCGCUGACCGUCCGCGUGUACGCCUACUUCAGGCGGGCGUUGCGCAUGGGGGCGGGCCCCCCCGCGGGCGGAAGGGAAGAGGGGAAAAGUGGCAACAAAAGUACGCGUGACGGAAGAAGUGGCCACAAAAAUAAGCGUAACGGCAGAAGUGAAAUCAAAAAUGCGCGUGGCGGAACCCGCCGCGGUCGGGGCCUCUCCAGGGAUGCACCCCUCCGGGAGAACGCGCACCUGUUCGUCCUCCCCUUCUACAAGAACCACAUGGUGAAAUCUCUAAACGUAGAGCGAAUAAGACGCAAAUUUCGAGCCCUGGUGAGGAGCAAACACGCAGUCUACAAAAGGGUCGUGCGGAAGGUGAGGCAGCGAUGGAGACGGGAGAAGAGGAGAGAGGUGGGAACACGCGACGAGUGCUAUGACCUCUUUGUAAACGUAUUAAGCACUAUCAAAAGGCAGGACGAAGAGAUUAGGAACAACGUGCUUGGAAUGAUAAGGGGGGUGAGCGACCAACUGAAUUUGUUUUACGCAAACAUUUGCCGGUGCGCGCCGGCGGAGAGUUGGGAGCAGAGGAACGUGCAGCUCGUGAUGGAGCAGCGGGUGGGGGCGCUGCGGGGGGAGCACUCCGUUCGGCUGAGUGGUGAAGCAGCGGGGGAAGCGGGAGAGGGGGAAGAAGGAGAAGAAGCGGGAGAAUCCGGAGAAGAAUCCGGAGAAGGGGAAGAAUCGGGGCAAUCCGCCGAAUCCGCUGAACUCGCUGAACCCGCUGAACCCGUUGAACCCGCUGAACCCGUUGAACCCGCUGAACCCGUUGAAGCGGUGCGUGGGAAGCUGGCGAGGCUUCGCCCGUCGCGGCAGGGCCAGCGCCCCCGCCGGGGCCCCUCGCAGAAGGGGAAAGACAGCCGAGAAAGGAGCCGCGAAAGGAGCCGCAAAACGAACCGCGAAAUAAACCGCGAAAUAAACCGCGAAAUAAACCGCGAAAUAAGCCGCUCAAAGAACUGCGAAAGUUGCCACCGCACCCUGGAGAGGCGCCUUCUCGAGAGGAAGGGAAAACUGCUCAGCCGGUUGAGCAACCUCAAGGGCUAUUACAAAGAGAAGGCGAAACGGGUGAACUACCUGUCGUAUGACGUGUCCAUUUUGAAGGAGUACCUAUGCGCGUAUGUGAAGAAAUAUUUUGACGACGUUAUCCUUUUGUUCGAGUACUUCUUCUGCGUUUCGGACGGUCACCUUGGCGAGGGGUGCAGCGGAGAGGGUUGCAGAGGCGUGAGUUGCGGUGGUGAGGGUUGUGGCAGCGAGCGUUGCGGCGUAGACGGUUGCCGCGUCGAGAGGAAGGAGGACCUGCUGUGCGAAUGGCUCGCGCUGUCUAGCGUGGACACCUUCAACAAUGGGGGCGAAUCCGGGGCGGACAACCUGCCCGGGAAGCAGCCCAGCCGCGGGAGGGAGGCGAAGCGCGGGAGGGAGGUCAACCGCUGGGGAGAGGCGAACCCCCCCAAGGAGCCAAAGCGCUGCAGAGAGGAGAAGCGUUCCGAGGACCACCGCAACUAUCUCCUGCUGAAGAGGCUGAAAUUCUUUGCGAGGAACGACAUAAUACAAUUCAUGAGCAGGAGCAUCCACGGCGCAGAUGGCCAAGUGCUCCUCAAAAUGGGGAGCGUGAAAAAGGCCUUCCUUUUUUUGCACGCGCUCCUGAAGGCGCAGGGAAGUAGCAACGAGUUGCUCAUUUAUAAGCUCCUGCUCAGCUUCGCUGUAAAGUAUGGGCAGUACUGCCAGAGGAAGGAGAUGAAGAGAAGUGGGUCCCCCCCAGGGGGCCGUCCGCCCUCACAUAGGUACUUCUCGGAGCAAGAACUGGUGAGACGCUUCCAGCAGCAGAAAAGGAGAAAAAAGUUUUUGGCCAAGUUUGGGUUAGACUGCAUGGAUAUCCCUCGUGAUGUCACUUCCUUUUUGAAGCAAAUCAUUCGGGGGUACGGUGCGGACCAGUCGGGGAAACCCCCCCAUGGGAAGGACAACUCCCCCGAUGCGUACACCUCCUGCUUGUAUAACCUAUCCAGCUGUGGUAGGGACGACCCCAGCGUACGUUCCAUCCUGCAAAAAAUGCUCAGAAAAAAAAAAAAAAAUAUUUGCGGCGCUCAAAGUAAAGCAAAGGCACAUUCAGGGAGAGAGGCACAAAGGGAAGACCUCCUCUUAACCCAUUUGGGGACUCUAUAUGAAGUUCUGCACCAGAGCGAUUUAGACAAAUAUGCCAAUUUGAGGCUGUUCAUCACGAUAGAGAAGAAGAGGAAGACUAACCGGAAGAGGAAGUUCAAUUGCGACGAGGUCUUCCCCUCUGCAGACACGAAAGAGAGUAGCCACGUCAUUCAGAAGGGAAUCAAAAAAUACUCCUUCCACUUUGUGGAUGACAAUAGAUUUGUCUUCCCAUACAUCUGCAACACGUUCGAUGUGGGGUCUCCGGGAAGGGGAGAGGGGGACCCCAGUGAUUCGUCUGGUCUCUCCGUAGACUACGAAAUUAUACAUUUUAAUAAAAAUUUAAAGUUCUUUCACUUCUUCCAUCCGGGGAGGGAGUACUCCUUUAGGAACUCCAUCCUGAAUUUUGUCUAUGGCUACCCGCUUGUGUGCAUAAGGAAGGGUCUCCACAAGGGGGGAAGAAGCGACACACACGAUGGGGGACGAAUCAACGCACACGCGGAGGGAAGAAGUGACACACACGAUGGGGGAAGAAGCAAAACACACACGGAAGGGUCAGACGAAUGCACCCUAAAACUGCGCAGAAAAAGGAAGAGGAAGGAGCUGCUCCGACAUUUAAGCCGCGCAAACAUGUCGAGCAGCAUCCCCUUGAAGUACAUCCACCUGUCCGUCAUCGGGGACAUUUUCAAGCACCUAAAGUUGGAGCACGUCCUCUCAAACACAAUUAAAAAGUUAUAUGAAGAAAUGUUGCGAACCGCUCAGCAGAAGUUUUUGCGGUCUAAUGAUACCCACCACUUGGCCAACGCGGUGACUUGCUUCCUGCUGUACUUCACCUCCUUCCUGGACCUCCUGCUUGGGCUGAGGGACAGCAGCUACAUCAGCCUCCCCCUCCCCGCCGAUGCUAACCUCUUCAACGGCUUCAGCAGUUUCAGCAGUUUCAGCGGCGUCAGCGGUUUCAGCGGCGUCAGCGGUUUCGGCGGUUUCAGCAGCAACUUCAGCAGCCGCAACAGUUUUAACCUCUCCAGUGGGGGGCUGCUCAGAAGGCAGAAGAAGAAACGCGGGGAAGACAACCCGUGUAUGGGCCAAACCACCGGGAGGGAGAGCUACAUCUACAUGCACAACGGGUACACGCGAAGGAGCACCUUCCUGUGGAUGCUGUGGAGGGGCAGGCACAAUGAGACCGGCUCGCAGGUGGAACAUAUAUACUUGUGUCCCAAGGGCGAGACAACCCUGGGGACUAUCCCGGGGGGGAGACUCGCGGCCCUCCUGAGCAACCACCGGGACUUCUGCUUCGCCUUCCUGAAUAACUCCAAGUGUGUGGACGAGCACAGGGGCAAGCAGUACCUGCUCGUCACCGGCGGGGCAGAGCGAGCGGGAGAGGCGGCGGGGCAAGAGGUGGGAGAAGCGGUGGAGGAGAAAGCAGCGGAGGAGGAACACGCGGCUGCUGCUGCGGGGCGAACCCUGCUGUUCAGGCACGCUAACGUGAGCGUCCACAGCGUGGAGGAGAACCCCCCGUGGGGGGACUCCCCCCCCUUUUUGGCAAGAGCGAACUUCGCCGACGCGGCCACAUGGGGCGACGGCGACUUGGCGUGGGCCCCCAGUUUUGAGUUGCUCGAGGGGGGGGCCACCAGCGUGAAAAGGAUAAGCGGCGGGGUGGCAAGCAUUGUAGUGAAAAACGGGGGAGUGACAAACGGGGGAGUGGCAAACGGGGGAGUGGCAAACGGGGGAGUGGCAAACGGAGGGAGAACCCCCACCCCGAGGGAGACCCAUUUGUGCUCGCCACACCAAAUCAACUGCAGCCAUCACGGGGAGGGCCUCGAAUGGGGAGGCGCGGCCCCCGACUUGGUGGAGCGAAUUCGCCUCGUGCUGACCAUCUUGAGGGGGUACCUAAAGGAAACGCUAAAUUCGAAGCGGCACUGCCUCCUCGACGCGCUGGAAAACUUCAAGGAAUGUAAAAACGGACUGGAGGAUAUAAAAUUUGUGUAUCAUCUGAUUUACCUGCUGGACUUUGAGAGGAAGGAGAGGAAGGCGCCUGACGCGGUCAUCUUCAAGAAGGUGUAUCACUUGGUGGUGGAGGCGCUGCUCGGGGGGGAGGCGGCGGAUAGGGGGAAGGCGGCGAAUGGGGGGAAGGCGGCGAAUGGGGGGAAGGCGGCGAAUGGGGGGAAGGCGGCGAAUGGGGGAAAGACACAUGAUAGCGUAAAAACAACCGGGGGAGGAAAGCCAGUGGAGAGAGAACCGCCCCGCACCCCCCCCGCGGUGGACGGCGAGCGGGUCAUAACCUUCAUAUACAAUUUGGUGAAAAUCGCGAGAGUGAUAGCGAUGAGGAAGGAACAAAUGAAGAGGAUCUUCAAGUUGCUUCAAACGUACGCGGACAAGUCAGCAGAACUGUAUAGCUCCUUUUUCAAUCGGCUGUUCCUUUUUAUUUAUGAGGACACAAAGGAGGAGAACAGGCGGUUCUUGAGGGGCCACUUGGGCAGCUACUUCAAUGGCAAGAAAAUUACGUUUCACAUCUUGAGCCACAUCCUGCGCUCCCUCCCCAGAGGGGGUAAGCGUGAUCCGCGGCGGGAGCGGCGGGAGAGGCGGAGGCAGCUCCCAUGGCAGCAGGGAGACGAGCUGGCGGGUGAGCUCCACGCGGAGGAACGCUGCGAAGAUCCGCUCCGAAGACAACCCCCAGCCAACCGGCGCGCUUCCAAAAAAAUGAAGUUCUCCCACCUAAAUGAGGAGAUCUUUAAGGAGACCUUUCGGAUGGGGAGGAGCAUCUACUCAAGUGACAGCUGCGACUCGACGGGGAGGAGCAUCUUGCGAGUGAAGCGCGUGGAGAGUAGGAACUACCUGGCGUAUGAGCGGCGGAAGGAGCGUUCCGUCUUCCGCGGGUCGGGGGAGAAGUCCGCAGGGAAGGCGUCUGCCAAGAAGGCUGCUUCACCGAAGGCUCCAGUGGAGAGCGCCUCUCUGCCGAGGAGAGCGAAGGGGAGAGGCCCCAACGAACUCCCCGGUGGCAGCUCCUGGUGGGCGACUUCUCACGGGAAGGAAGAAGGACCCAGCAAAAGGGGCCACCCCAACAGGAAGGGGAAGAAAAGGGGAGACCAACUGAAGGCGCACGUUCUGCCUGAGCAGCUGUGGAAUGACGGCCUGUGGGAUGAAACGAGAAGCUUCUCCACGUCCAUGUGCACGAAUGAGGAGGUGUCCACCGCGAUGAGGGGGUUCCCUAAGGGGGGAGAGGACCCCCCGGAGAGCUGCAGCUCAAGCGAAUGCCGCCACUACGUGGACAACCUGUGCCUUCGCUACGGGAAGAGAUGGAGGGGGCGCCGAAAAAAAGGAAGCCACUCUAAAAUGGGGCAUCUUCUGCCCGCUGAUUGGAAGAGCAACGCGGAGGACGUCCUCGCGAUCGGAAGCAACACCAGCGAAGGAGCCACCCCCCUGAGCUACACAUCCUCGUCGUGUACAUCCACAGAGGAGGACGAUUCGCGUGACGACGAUAGACAGAAAAUUUGCUUCCAAAUGAGCGAGCUGAGCAGCAACGGUGGGGAGAAAUACCUGAGCCUCCUAAGUGCGGCAGAUUUCAAAAUUGUUAGAAGCGGGAGGAGCGACAGAAGCGACAGAAGCGACAGGAGCGAUAGGAGCGAUAGGAGCGAUAGGAGCGAUAGGAGCGAUAGGAGCGACAGAAGCUUCCAACCGAUGGAAGAUAUGAGGAGAUACCCCCCGGAGGGGGAGGCGGACGGAGCGGAUGGAGUGAAUGGGACGAAACGCUGGCACCCCAUGAACAACAAGCAAGUGCACCGCCUGCUGACCUUCCAGCAGGACAGCUCCUUCUGCUUCAUCAAAUACAAGCCCUACCACGAAUUUGACGAAGAGAGGAGAGUAAAGAUACAGAAGUACCAUCAGGAGGAGGAGAAGAAACAAAAAAAAAAAAAAAACAUUUUGUAUAUGCCUCUCUACAUUAGCAUCGUCGGGGGGGUAGACGUAUUUUUAUUUAAAUAUUACCAGCACGUGUGUGACACCUAUGUGAGCUCCUAUUUUUACCUGAAUACCUUUUAUUUUGAAAAGUAUGUUCGUAGGAAGUACCGGGGGAGGGGGCACUCGGAGAGGUGCCUGUUCGAUGACCCCUUCUACUACCACUACGUGUUUGGCAACCGGUUCGGCUGCCACGACAGCGCGCGGGCCGUUCGGGGCGCGCGCGUGGGCCCCCGCGCCUACGUGAAGUUCUUUAGGCGGUCGGGUGCAGCGGGGGGAGCGGCGGGUGAAGCUUCAACUGCGGGAGUGGAAGGAGCGGCUCCAACUGCGAGUGAGGCGCGCGUAAAGGAGGAAGGCGCCUUGGACGAGGCCCCCUCGGGGGAAGCGACCCCGGAGGAGCUGGCCAGCCAAAAGGGCCCCCGCGCGGCGGAAAAAAAAAGACCCAACGGUGUGGCGGACAGGCGCGCCAGACAAGCGUCCAACGAGGUUGGAAAGGCGUCAAAAGGGGCAUCCGCCGAGAAAAAAAAAAAAAAAAAAAAAAACCAAAGUGAAGAACAAAACGGUGGGGACCACACAAUUCAGAAGGACCAGUGGGAAGAAUGCGAGCGGAACUUUUUUUACGUGGAGGAUGAACUAAGCACAGACGAUGAGGAAGACAGGGUCCCGAGGAGGGACCCCAAGGAGGUUAAUAUUUUUAAGAGGCACUUGCUAAUUCUGGACCACUUGAAGGGCUACUUUAGCUUCUCCAUUUUCACGCGAAUGGAGAACAUGAUAGGGGACAUGUUCCAGAACUACCUGCUGAACCUGCCCUACGUGAACAGGCACAUCUCGGUGGGGAGCGUGAUGAGCGGAGUGGCUAGCGAAGUGGCUAGCGAAGUGGUUCUCCCCGCUAAUCCCCCCGCCGACCGCGCCGCUAACCGCGCCGCAGACCGCAGGAGCUACCACAACCUGGUGAGGGAGUGCUUCCUGGGGAGGGGCGGAAUUCAACUCUCCAUGACGGUGGUGAACGUGGAGUACUGGCGGUUCGAGGACCUGAAGGAGGAGGACCCCCUCGUGAGCAGUUUAAUCCCCGACAGCCUGUCCGCCUACUUUGAGGCGAUCAAUAAAAUGUACCAGCAGAGGAACGCAGAUAAGCACCUCGUCUUCCUCUUCAAUUUGUGCUCCCUUGACUUGAACGUGGGCAAUUACCUUUUCACGGUGAAGCUGACGGAAGGGCUAGUCUACUUAUUUUUAAACAGCCUGGAAAUGAGGGCCAUGGAAAUAUAUAAGGAGAAGCUACGCUCCGAGCACUUCCACACGAGCAAAGGAAGUUAUAAUUUUGAUUUCCUCUUCAUCUCGUCCACCUACAAAUCGAGGGAGAGCAAAACGAUACACAUCAUUGUGAACGAGCGGGUUGUUCUGUAUGACUUUCACUUGAUAAAGAACUCCGGCGAGGUUGCCACGGGCAGCGGCAGGAGGAAGGGUUCCCGGGUGGUCGCUCCCCCCCGCGGAGCGGUACGCAGUGCGGAAGCCGCAAACGGGGGAGAGUCAACCCAUAGGGAGGAAAUCCCCUUUGCGAGAGAGUCAUCCCCGCAGAGGGAACAAUCUCACACGCGAAUGAAAACAACUGCAAUUGGAUGCGAAGGCACCCGCGAAGCAGAAGCAGCGGCGUUGUCUCUCCCAGAGGGAGCUACUCAAAAGGGGAGUCAAAAUGAAACAUCCCAAUCGCUCAGUGGAAGGAGGAAGGACGUGAAAGACAUCACACACGCUGCCCCCCCCGGGAGGGAACUACAAAAUGAAAAGGAAGCGGAGACCCUCACAAAGAAAAAGAUCUCAACUGAUAAUGUCUAUUACAAUUUAAAUUUCCUGAAAGAGUACCAGGAGAAGGAAAUAAAAAAAUUAAGAAGCAGAGAGAUUGUGGACGAUGUAGAUGUGAAGCUCUUCUUCACAGAGGAGUACCUCCUUCAGAAAAUGAGCUUACCAGAUUGGUUCGUCCGGGAGACUUUAAAAAAGCUAACUGGGAGGAACCUCCUGCAAAGGAACACCUUCAAAGUGAUGAGCAAGAGGAACAACAAGACGAGUCAGUUCGUUGUGUAUACCACAUCUGAGUUUGAUUCUGUGGGGGGGGCGGAUGUCUCUGAGGGGAGAGUCAAAGGGGAGCAAGUGGCACCGUGGGGGGGGGCGACAGGCAGUCCCCUCCGUCAGCAGGGUGGAAGCGAUGGAAGGGGUGGGAGCGGUCGGAGCGGUGAAAUGGGUGGUUCGGGCGACACUGUUGAUGCGGGUCAGAUGAACACCCCCGGGGAACAGCCCCAGAGCGAUAAAGAGCCACAAGAGGGACCAGAGCCACAACCCCCGGCGCCCCUGCCUCGAAGACAGGGGGGAACGCGCCACGCAGCGAGGCAACGCUCGGAGCAACUCACCAGACAGAGGUCCUCUCGCCAGCGAGCGAUCACUCCGGACCCCACCCCGAGGAGCGACAGGAGGAGGAAGCUCCCAAUUGGCCCCUGCGACCUGUCCGCGCAGAACAGCGAAGAGGGUAAGCUCCACUUGGCGAAGAAGCAGAAGAGCGGCAAGGGCAAAGGCGCGCGCGCGGGGCCCGCCCCCCCGGGAUCGUCCCAGCCGCCAUCAUCAUCCAUAGCAGCACCAUCAUCCGCCGCACCUCCAUCAUCCGCCGCACCUCCAUCAUCCGCCGCACCUCCAUCAUCCGCCGCACCUCCAUCAUCCGCCGCACCUCCAUCAUCCGCCGCACCUCCAUCAUCCGCCGCACCUCCAUCAUCCGCCGCACCUCCAUCAUCCGCCGCACCACCCUCAUCAUCGCUACCUCCCCGCGUCGGGAAAGUCAAAACCGAGCGAGCCACCAAAGCCCCGCGCGAACGACUCGCGGGGAAAGCGUCUAGCAGUGGCCGGACGAAACGGGAAAAAGGCACACCCACGGUUAGCCAUGUUAGCGGCGUUCGCGCCGUUCGCGGCAGCGUGGUGAAGGUAGAGACUGGUAACGUCGCCCCUUGUGUGAACAACUCGCUAGGCAGCUGCGGCCCGGAUGAGGGUGAUGGCAACAGGGAGAGGGUCGCAAACGAGGCAGACGAGGCAGACGAGGCAGACGAGGCAGACGAGGCAGACGAGGCAAAUGCUGGCAACGCCGCCAACGCUGGCAACGGCCGGCGCACACGCGCUGGCGCGCGCAGUGGCAGGGGCGGCCGCGAAAAGGGCGCCCCCGAGGGAAGCGCCCAUCAGGAGGAGAAGGCACCCCAGCCGAAUCACUCCGAAGAUAAGAAACGAACGAGGGAAAAGCGAGCGAAUAAAUCUGCAAAGGAAAAGCAAGCGAACAAAAAUGCAAAGGAAAAACGGGCGAACAAAGCUGCAAAGGAAAAACGAGCGGCUAACAAUUUAGCGCCCUACCUGAGUGAGAGGAAAGGCAGCAGCGAUGGCGCAGCGAAGGACCAUUCGGUAGUCAAGCAGGGAGAGGCAACCAACCCCGCCAGCAGUAGCUUCAACUGUAGUAGUAGCAUGAACGAGCCCGUGGACUUCUUCCUGGACGACGUGCUGACCGACAACGACGACGAAAAGGAAAUUAAAAAGAGGAGAACCUUCGACCAAUUAAGCUUGGAAGAGCCCUACGAAUUCUACGAAAGCCAAAUACUAAAGAUAACGACGGAUCGAAUGAACAAAAUGAAAGCAGAGCCGGGGAGGAACACCUCCACUCCUCUCUUCCUAAUUGUGAGCAGUCUUAAUAAAACCCUAACGGAAAGACGAAUGAGUCAUUUGUCUCAGCCCAGCGUGCUAGCCAUUUUAAACAUCAUGAUGAAGAAGAACAAGGUGGCGCGGGUCGGUGGCAACUGGCAGCCAACGUAGGUCCUGCUCUAAGCGCAGCAGACAUGAAGCGGCAAAGCGACACUCGUUUGUAAGGAGGCCAGCACGCAACUGACCCCUCCUUUUUUAUUUCACUUCUUAACCCCGUGCGUUCCUCCACUUUUGUGCCAAUACGUUGGGGGGCUGCUUUUUUUUUUUUUUUUUUCUUCCCCUAAUGAUGCAGCAACGGGGGCAUUUUUCACGACGCAGUUUUUCCUGCACAACUUUGCAACUUCAGAGGGAACACCAUUUCAUGUCAUCCAAGUCAUUUUUCUAUUUUG